AUGCAGACAAUUCAGACCAUCGAAACUCAGCUUCCUGUGCUCAGGGAGAGCUUUGUCACCACUCCCUUCAGGCACACAGACAGGAGGAAGAGCAGCUUAACCAACCUCAUCCGGAGACAGCUACAGCAGCAACAACAACAACAACAACAACAACAACUCACAUUAAAACAACAGGGUUAUCAGCAGACUUCGCAAAAGGAGAAGCAUGUCAUAGAGCAUGCUCGGCUGCGCCGCUCAGCGAGCAGCCCGUCAUGCGACUCGACAGAGCGAGCAGAUGGGCAACCAGAGCUGCACCCGCUUCCCCAGCAUGGCCUGAUCGCAAAGGGAGUCUGGCUGCUGAAAAACAUGGGAAACCAGGAGGCCAAGCAGAGGAAGGCAGUCACCACAGGGGCAGAGGGGACAGGCAACGGGGUCAGGGUUGAGGAUGGGGAGCAGGAUGGAUCCAGGAAGGGAGGCUUCCACAGCAAGAAGUCGCAGAGCAAAUCCAGUAAGCUGGGAGAGUCCGCCAAGAAGAAACCCAAAGCGGAGUCCACCAAGACCUCAGUCUUCUCCAACAUCAAGAAAGGUCUGUCACGGGCGAAAGGGGCUUCCAGGGAGAACAUCCUGGAUGGUGGAACCUCCCAGGCAUCUCUUCUCGACGGCUCGGGGAUUAAAGCUGCUGACGCUAGUCUCUCUGGUGAUGAGCUGGGGGCGCUGACUGACAGUGACCCUGAGCAUGAGCAUGGACAGCCAACGCCGGGCAGCAGGCGGUCAACUGUGGAGGGUGAGGAGGGCAGGACAUCGGGGUCAGGAUCUGACACGGACAUAUACAGCUUCCACUCGGCCACUGACCAUCAGGACCUCCUUGCGGACAUACAGCUGGCCAUACGUGAACACCAUGGCGACAGCAUCCCUGACGACCUGCUUAAGGACGCGGACAAGAGCACUGCAAACUUGCCCCGAGCCCCCACAAUCCCAGACGCCCUUUGCGACCUUCCCCUUGAUUCGGAGCCAGGAGGUGAAGAGGGUCUGGCAGAGGCGGGCGAGGCCAAGGUGGAGUGGAAGAGAAGUGACACUGAAACAGAAUUACAUGCGAGUGAGGGCACUGCCGCUCGGGAGUCAGAGGAGCCGGAUCAGCUCAGAGAAAGCGGCCCGGUGUCUGUAUCCGAAGUUCCCCAGCUGACCAUCACCAAGACACUCAGCACUCACAGUUUCCCCGACACCAACACAACCACCACCACCACCAACACAACAACUAACACAUCCUACGAGAGCGCCGAUGAGCCGCCAGACGAGGAAGCAGGAGGCUUCGCCGCUUCCCUUCAGGAGGGCCUGGACCGUCACCAUGAUCUCUCCGUGGUCUUACCUGUUGGGCUGGAGUCUGUUUUGGAAUUGCCUGACCCCAGAGUGAAGGUAACUAGAGUCUCAACCGGCUCACCUAAGAGUAUGAGCAGCUUGGAUCUAAACGUGUUGAAAGACGAGAGUGAGGAGGACGGUGUGAGCGCUGAGGAACUGGGGUUCCUGUCUCCACAGCGGAGGACCAGCAGCAGCAUCACCUUCACCCAAUGGGCCUCCGAGAGUCCGCAGGGAUCUCGAGCUCGCCGUGCCUCCCCUGCCAGCCCCAUCGUCAAGCCUUACCCCACCAUCCAUCCAGCGUACGUGAAGACUACCACCAGGCAGCUGACCUCGCCCACGCACUCUCCAGUGGGUUCCCCUGUACCGAGCCCUCAAGUCCACCGCAGGGACUGCUCCAGCUCCAGCUCUGGCCUGGGGCCCGGGAGCUCCAGAGCGGAAAGAUGGAGGGCCCAGAGGCAGAGGUCCAGCAGCAUCGCUGGCCCCAUCAGCUACCCAUCAGACUGGGCUGGUCGGCUUGCGGGUCUGCGGUCUGGAUCAGAGGAUGGGCCUGACCCGUCGCAGGACAAGGGCCCGGAACAGAAGCUCGGCCCCAGGCGUACCUCCUCAUGUCUGCAGACGUACGGUGGGGGGUUUUCUCUGGACGUCUUUUCUGGAUACUGCCCCUACGUGAGUAACCGACGUUUUGUCGCUGGCCUAAUCAUAGCCAUGGACAUCACUGUAGGCCACUAUCAUCACAUGAAGAUAGCCUACCAUCAAAAUUAUUGUCGUACUCUGCUGGAUCGUUGUUUGGCUGGGCAAGAGGUGCCACCGGAGGAGGUCGAGACGUUGUGCUCCCGCUUCCUGGCCCUGGGGAUCCUCCAGCCUUUCAGCCACUGCUUCAGGGAGCAGCUCCAAGAGGGGGACUUGCCAGAUAUGAUCACCUUCAAUGAGGAGCAGCUGUACACCUGGUCUCCCAUCAGCCCGCACCUCCAGCAGUGGGAGCAACCCACGCGGGCCACGCUGGGGAGGAGACACACACAGCGCCGCCAGAGCCUCAGAGUGGAGCAGGAGGAGGGCGCGUCGGGAGCUGGAAGUGUCCAAGGUGGAGAUUCCGGCAUGAUCCAGCAGCUCGAGCGGACGAUACGGGAGCUGCACGAUAAGAUUUCCGACUUGGAGAAGCAACAGGUGUCGCUGGAGAGGGGGAUUUGCAGCCAGGAGGGGGAGGAGGGAGGCGAGGAUGUUACGGACUCGAGUGCGAAUGACUCACAGAAGCCGGGCAGCCCGGCGGGGAGCAGCCAGCAGGCCAAGUCCAGCCAGACCUCACCCGUGGAGGGGGCCUUCCCAUUCCCAGUGCCUUCAUCAGACAGGACUGCGCCUCCCACUCAGCCAGGGUUCACCUGCACCUGCAUGGGUCCACCACCACCGCCUCCAGGCCCUGGCUGCCCGCCCCCUCCGCUCCCCCCAGGAGGCUUUGCCAUGGCCCUGGCCCAGGAGGCCGCCCCCCUGAAGGCUGUCAUCGAGCCUCCCAAGCCCAUGAAGCCGCUCUACUGGACCAGGAUCCAGCUCCAUGCUAAAAAGGACGCGAAUGGAGCUCUUGUGUGGGAGAAGAUUGAAGAGCCAUCUGUGGACUUUGAUGAGUUUGUCGAACUUUUCUCUAAGAGUGCCAUGAAGGAAAAGAAGAAGCCCAUAUCAGAUACCAUCACCAAGUCCAAGGCUAAACAGGUUGUGAAAAUCCUGAGUAACAAGCGUUCCCAGGCAGUCGGGAUCCUGAUGUCCAGUUUGCACCUGGAUAUGAAGGACAUUCAAAAUGCUAUUCUCAACAUGGACAACACGGUGGUGGAUCUGGAGACCCUGCAAGCGCUCUAUGAAAACAGAGCCCAGCAGGACGAGAUGGACAAGAUAGAGAAGCACAUGAAGUCCGUCAAAGAUAAGGAGGACCCAAAGCCACUGGACAAACCUGAGCAGUUCCUGCUUCAGAUUUCCCAGAUCCCCAAUUUCUCAGGGAGGGUGUUCUGCAUCCUGUUCCAGUCCACGUUCAUAGAGUGCAUCGGCUCCGUCCACAGGAAGGUGGAGAUCCUGCAGAGGGUCUGUAAGACUCUGCAGACCGGCACAAGCGUCAUGCAGGUGCUCGGCCUCAUCUUGGCCUUUGGCAACUUCAUGAACGGCGGGAACCGAAGUCGAGGGCAGGCGGACGGCUUCGCCCUGGACAUCCUGCCCAAACUGAAGGACGUGAAGAGCAGUGACAACACACAGAGCCUCCUGUCAUACAUUGUUGCUUACUAUCUCAGGCACUUUGAUGAGGACGCUGGCAAAGAGACGUGUGUCUACCCGCUUCCAGAGCCACAGGACCUUUUCCAGGCCUCUCAGAUGAAGUUUGAGGACUUUCAGAAAGACUUGCGCAAGUUAAGAAAGGAUUUAAACGCGUGCGAGGCGGAGCGGGAUAAAGUGUGUAAGGUGUCCUCCGAAGAACACCUGCAACCUUUUAAGGACAAGAUGGAGGAAUUUCUGACUCAGGCUAAAAGCGAUUUGGAGGCCGAGGAGUCGCAGCUUGCCGUGACGCAUAAAAUUUUCCUGGAGCUGGGCGUGUUUUUCUCCGUCAAGCCGAAGGCCGGAGAGAAGGAGGUCUCCCCCGGCACGCUCUUCUCCGUGUGGCACGAGUUCUCCAGCGACUUCAAGGAGCUCUGGAAGAGGGAGAACAAGCUGCUUCUGAAGGACAGAUUGAAAGUGGCAGAGGAGAGUUUCAAGCAAGCGCGAGAGAAAGCCUCCUAUAGUGUCAAACCCAAACAUGCCUCUGGGAUGAAAGCCAAAAUCGGACAGAAGACUUAACAGAUUGCAACAAGGACAGCUUCAGUUAUUUUUUUUUUAAUGAAAAAGACAUGGUGGUGACGCCUGCCGGGGGCAGUGUGCGAAAAAAGAAAAAAAAAUGGAAGUGUAGCCAUUACCCCCUCCAUGAUAACCAGCACUUUUGUUUUUCUCUCUCUGUUCAACUCCUCAUGUUGUAAUCAAAGAGCAUUUUCCUUCAGGCUCAGCAAGGAUUUAUAUUUCUAAGCCCCUCUGUUAUACACUGUUACACAGACAUGAUUCAUUCGUCAGUGGCCCCACGAGUCCAUUCAAGGCAAGACAAUCUCUCCCAGUCACAAAAUUGAUGUAGCCAUGUGGGAUUUGUGCUCCUCCAAAGCUUAGCGGCCCUUUAUAAGGAGACGCAGCAGGUGAGACAGACCCAUUCAUCUUCAUGGAAAAGCUGGAAGUGCCUUAAUUCAAGCACACUCUUUUCUAUCGCCCUGUUGCCCGGAGCCGGCACCGCCACCACUGCCAGGAGGCGCCUGACGUCCCUGGGCAUGAACAGAGGACAGAAGUACCCAACGAACGCGAAUCCUUCGCUCAAAGAAUCAUAUCUUACUACUGACCUUACUGCCUCCCCCGACCAUAGAAAUCAUUGGAGUUGUUGAAUAGUUUAUUCAAAGCCAAAGUGCUUCCCUGUGUGUGUGUGUGUGUGUGUGUGUUUGUGUGUGUGUUUGUGUGUGUGUGUGUGUGUGUGUGUGUGUGUGUGUGUGUGUGUGUGUGUGUGUGUGUGAGAGAGAGAGAGAGAGCGAGAGAGGAAGAGAGAGAGAGAGAGUCUGUGGUGGAUUGUGUAACAGAUCCAGCUUUGUGUGAAUAAAAUAAAUAUGCUCUUGGGGAAGCUAAGCAUGAAGACCUUUAUGUAACGACGUCUUCCUUCGGUAGAGUGACUCAUGAUAAGCUCUAAACAUUCCGCGCAGCAUCACACCUCUCUCAGUCCUGCCUCAGACUCAGACCUGGUAGACCAGUGACCAGUUAAACCCCAUUGUGCAAUAAUGUGUGAAUUAACUGUUUAUU